ACAGAUGAAAGAACUUCCUCCUGAAGGUUAGCAAGGGGAGGGAGCUAUAAGUCGUCCUCAGUCUAGAGUACCACUUUUAAAACAGUGGCAAGAUGAAAAAAGGAGAUAGGGGAGAAAGAAUGUCAGAAAAUCUCAUUUACUGUGACUUGAAUUUGACUGAACCAACCAGGCCCAGACUACAGAAAGUCACUCAUGUUCAAGAUUCUACAUACACAGAAGUGAAAGUGCAACCCCUAGACACAAAUGUCACAUCAUAUGGUAAAAUCUAUUGCUCCAGAACACAAGUGGCUGUGUUGAUCGCUGUGAUAGUCUUCAUUCUGGUCUUAAUAGUGUGUCUGAUACUCCUAUACUUUCCAACUGCAAGCAGGACAUCUCACUCAAAAACCAAUGAAAAGGCACUGGUGACUCCUAAAAUGGUAUUAGCUACAGAGACUGGCAAGGAUCCUCGGUGGUCUGGUGAAAAUUAUGAUCAGGACCACACAGGCUGCCCUCACGACUGGAAAAAAAAUGGGCAAAAAUGCUACUUCUUUUCUGAAAAAAAAUAUGACUGGAAUGCCUCCCGUAAAGAAUGUCAAGACAUGAAGUCAGACCUGGUGAUCAUUGACAACAAGAAUGAACUAAAUUAUCUCAUUUCACAAUCAAGAGGUCAUUACUACUUACUUGGUCUCAUGUACUCUAACAGUGAGGAGAAAUGGAAGUGGAUUAACAACACGGAACACAGGAGUGAACUGUUUGAUAUAAAAACAACAUAUUCUGACUAUUUCUGUGCUGUUAUUGGACAUGAAAAAAUAGAAACUGCAUCUUGCAAUGGAUCUUCAACAACACAAAAUAUGUGUGAAAAAGCUACAAGUAUUUCAGAACGGUAGAAGGAAGGCUGAAAAGAAGAAAUCCAGGCAGGAAUGUAAUCCCCAUUACAUGGUGGGUGGGAUUUGUCUCAUUUAUCUUCAGCUGCCUAAGUAUCUAGUCAAAGAGACUCUUGUAGACUCCUUCAAGCUUAGCACACUCUUUCCCAAGAUGGAUGUCCCUCUAUACACAGGCUGGAUGGAUCUCCCUGCACAGGAGCCUGCACUUUCACAUAUUAGGAGUCUGCGUGACUUGCUUAUGUCAGAUACCUGACAAUUGGCCAGAUGCUGUCAGGUGAUAUGAGUCCAGUCUCAGUGAAAGGUGUAAUCUCAAACAGAUUCUUUCUCUCAGAGAUGGUAUUUUUUAUACACACACACACACACACACACACACACACACACACACAAAUGUUUGUUCACAAAGUUAUCCUUUUCUUAUAUUUUUAUCUGAGUUUUUAAAUAAACCUAACGUUUACAGCC